AACCUCAAAUUCCUCACCUUUGUUUUGGUAGCUGUUUUUCUAGUUCUUUCUUAUCAAUCUCCCCAUCCAUUUCGCCUGUUCGGUUAUCAGUAGAGUGCUUUUUUUACCGUUAAUAUGUAAAUUCACUGCACGAAGACUCUGCCUGUAUUCUCUAAAAAUACAUACCUUUAUUUUUCAUAAUAAUCUCAGUGCAUCUCAAGACAGAAUUAUCUCAACUACCCAUCUCCCUCACCUCAUAAAUUGGUCCCAUACAAGAAAACCAAUUCCCCGAAAAACAUAAUCAUGUCGUCUUACCAGCUGUACCGCAACACAACUCUUGGAAGUACACUUCAGGAGAGUCUUGAUGAGCUCAUCCAAUAUGGACAAAUCACACCUCAGCUUGCAAUUAAAGUUCUUCUUCAGUUUGAUAAAGUAAUCAACAAUGCGCUCGCGUCUCGCGUCAAGUCUCGGUUGACCUUUAAAGCUGGUAAACUGAACACUUACCGAUUCUGUGACAAUGUGUGGACUUUUAUGCUCAACGAUGUCGAGUUUCGUGAAGUGCAAGAAGUUGCUCGAGUCGAUCGUGUAAAAAUUGUUGCCUGUGAUGGUAAAAGUGUUGGCGAUGAAUUAGCAAGAAGAUAAUUUUGUUUAAAGCCUUAAGAAUUGUUUCUUUGAUCUUCCUAGUUUCUAUUUUCUUUGUUUGAUAAUUUGUAAAUUUAAUUUGUUCAUUGCUGCUGCAUUACCAUGUUAAUAAUAUUUCCUAUGUAAGUUUGUAUUUCUGAUAUUUUUGUGGUAUUUCAUCAUCACUCUCCAACUUUAUAACAGCUCUUUUUCAAGUAUCGCAACCAUUGAAUUCUGAUCUCUUGGAUAGGGUAGAAUCCUGAUCUCUUAGGUUUGGAUAAACGCUGAUUUUUUGGUCUUCAAUUGUUCUCAUAGUAUAACUGCAAGUUCACUAAGUUAUUAUCUGAUUUUAAUUUUCAGCUGCAAUAUUUAUUCUCCCUCCCUUGUCUAAAUUUAUCUUUUGGAAAAUUAAUUUAAUUUCUCCUAUUAUUGUUUGACUUUAUUUUACAAGAUUUGUCGCAGCAAACACUUUCGCAAGAAAGAAAGACGGAACCAUUCAACACUAGGAUUGUCUUUGAAGCCUUCCCAUGCCCAUCGCAGUUAAUAACCGCACUAUAAUUCAAGUUUAAGUAAUUUUCACAAUCUUCUCCUCUAUUUCAAUGAAGAAAUUUAAAACUUACAUAGAUUUCUGUUUGACUGUAAAUUCAGUAAUUUAUUUGAGUGCCAAAACUCGAAAGGAGGAUAACUUUACCAGUCCUUUUUUUAAUCCAGCAAAGACAAGCUCAUUUUCCAUCUAAGUUAUUUAAACUUUCUGAGGUAGUAGGAAUUGGACGUAUUUCUGCCAAACGGAACUAUGCGCAUCAAGACAUGAGCCCUGAGACCCAUAAGAAUAUAUGCAUAACAGGGCUCACAUUUUAAUGCGCAUAGUUCCGUUUGGCAGAAAUACGACCAAUUAAUACAAGUAGCAGUUUUAUCAAUUUUGAUUCGUAAGAAUUGUAGUUCGGUCUUUUUAGUCUUUAGAUUCAUCCAAGCUCAAAAUAGCUUUGAAGUUAAAGUGAGUUAGUCUCACAAGUUGAACAGAAUGAUUAGGAAAUUUUUUGUAAGAUCUUAAGUUACUCAGCUUCAUCCAGAACCGAAAACCAAAACUCGAUUUUUUCCUCGAAGGAAUUAAAUACUUCAUGAAGAAGAUGUUUUAUAUACAAGGAAGCAGUGUUAAAAGGGUAGGGGAAGAUGACAUUCUUUUUCAAGUUUGUCAAUCCAUAGUGAAUGAACUAUAAGGCUUUAAUUUUAAAGAAAGAACAGUCGAAGAGGGGAUUAGCCGACAAAGUGAAAAAAAAAAAUAUUUAAAAAACUUAUGAACCUCAUGGGAGGGAGAAUUGAUAGAACUUCAAUGUUGGAAAAAAGGGGAAAAGAUCGGAUCAAAUAGUUUUUAAAUCCCUAGAUCUUGUCAAACUCCGAAAGUUAUGCUGAAAUAACCUCAAGCUGAAUUUUUUAGGUCCAAGAACUUGUGAGAUAACUGCCUCUUCCAUUAAUGUCUUUAAGUGUGCAAAUAAUCCAAUCACGCAUGUACCCAUCUCACUAAACUCUAGCCCUAUUUGAUUUUUUUUCAGUUAUAAUAACAACAAUUGUACAAUAUUAUGCCUUAAAGCAAUCUGUCCAAAUUAUUUUUUUUCUCUUACAGAUUCGAUCAGAAUACUUCCCCUCAUUUUGCUCAGUCAGUGUUUGUUUCUUCCUUUUUUUUUUCUGCAUAGAUAUUUAUCCAUGAGUAAAUGGAUUCAACUUGGCUCUUGAAAAGAAAUCCUGAAUAAACAGUUUUGUUAUAAACUGGC